AGUUUUUCCUUUCUAAAGAAAUAAAGACCCAGGGGUCGCUUCCUAAAAAAACCAGCGGUACUAGUUACGAACGCAAAACCAUGGGCAGUUUUCUGUCAAACACAACAACAAAACCGACUGCUGCGCUCUCUGUGUUCUGGUUUUAUCUACUCUGUCACCAUCAUUCUCUAGGAACUUCUCACAUCUCUCUCUCCCCGUCUUUCCUUUGUAAUAAAUAUUCACCUGCCAAGUCUGAAUGGGGCACUAAAAUUCUCCAGGGUAUUAAAGAAGUUGCUUUGCAGAACCUGAUAUCAUGAUGAUACUUUUCAGCUUCAAUCUUUCAGUUCUUGGUGCCUUGAGCAGUCAUCUUUACUUGUUUUUGUUCUGAGCCUCAGUUCACCUGCUGUUUCUGGGUAUGCUUUCCUUUUCUCUUUUUACCGCCGAUCAAUUAUGCUCUAGAAUCAAUGCUCCAAUAUCUUAGAAAAUCCCAAAGUUGGUUGGAUAUUAUUCCUAAAAUCUUGAAAGUGUUAGAGAAGUAGCUGACCACAAACUUUUCUCAUUUUAAGUUAAUUAAUUAAGUGUAACUUCGAAAGUUGAUGGAACACAAUGGUUUAGGUGGUGGGAUAUUUCCGGGCAUGGGAUCAGGAAUGUUAGGACUAGAAUUGCCGCUCCACCAACCAGAAAACCCACAAAACCCUAACCACAUGAACCAUCCCCAAGUGUUAGCUUAUACCGACCAUGAAUCUGAUCACCGCCAACACUCCCAACAAUCUGUCAAACAUGCCUAUCCUUAUGCCUCCUCCACAAAGCCCAAACAAUUAUUAUCGCCAUUGAGUGAUGAAGAUGAGCCUUCUUUCACUGGAGAUGACAGCACUACUGAUGGAAAAAGGAAAAUGUCUCCAUGGCAAAGAAUGAAGUGGACUGAUCACAUGGUUAGGCUCCUUAUAAUGGCAGUUUUUUACAUUGGUGAUGACGUUGGGUCUGAAGGGAGUGACCCUAUAGGCAAGAAAAAGCCAGGUGGCCUGGCGCAGAAGAAAGGGAAAUGGAAAUCAGUUUCUCGGGCAAUGAUGGAGAAAGGAUUUUAUGUAUCUCCACAGCAAUGUGAGGAUAAAUUCAAUGACUUGAACAAGAGGUAUAAGAGGGUUAAUGACAUCCUAGGGAAGGGGACUGCUUGCAGGGUUGUGGAGAAUCAAAAUUUACUUGAUACUAUGGAUUUGUCACCAAAAAUGAAGGAAGAGGUGAGAAAAUUGCUCAAUUCCAAGCACUUGUUUUUCAGAGAAAUGUGUGCCUAUCAUAACAGCUGUGGCCAUGCUCCAAGUUGGGUUGCCUUUGGUAGUAAUCACUCACCAGAGAUGGCUACAGGCCCAUCUCCUGCGCAUGCUCAGCAACAUCAAAGGUGUUCUCAUUCAACUGAAAAUGCUCAAGUUGUGACCAAUUCAAGGACAGAAACAGAAGGGUCAAAAAUGGCAAAAAGGGCAAUAAAUGAAGAGGAUGAGGUAGAGGAUGACGACGAUGAUGACAGCGACAAUGAUGAAGAUGACUGCGAAGAUGAUGGGGAUGAGGCAAUAGAAGGCAAUUCUAGGCAUCAAAACGGGCAUGGGCAAGGGGAUGAAGACAACCGUGAUGAAAAAUCAUCAAGGAAAAGGCCAAGAAAGGAUGUGUUUUCAGCAACAUCAUCUUUGAUGCAGCAAUUGAAUGGUGAAAUAAUGAACGUGCUCCAAGAUGUUGCAAAGAGUUCUUGGGAGAAGAAGCAUUGGAUGAGGCUGAGGUUGAUGCAAUUAGAGGAACAGCAAGUGAGCUACCAAUGUCAGGCGUAUGAGCUGGAAAAGCAAAGGUUGAAGUGGGUGAAAUUCAGUAGCAAGAAAGAGAGGGAAAUGGAGAGAGUAAAGCUAGAGAAUGAGAGAAGGCGGCUUGAAAAUGAGAGAAUGGUACUGAUUGUGAGGAAGAAAGAGCUUGAGUUGCUUGAUGCUCAACAUCAGCAGCAGCAGCAGCAGCUACCUUCAAACAAGCGGAGCGAUACAUCUUCCAUUGCUGGAGAAGGAAAAAAAAAAGUGACAGAUGGAGUUUUUUCUUGCGUUAAUUUUGCGAGAGUUAAAGCUCCGGGCGGAUAUUAUUUGAUGAGAAACUGUGGAUAAAUCAAUAAGAGUCAGCCCCGUUGCUGAAGCAGGGGAGUGAGAUUGGGCCAACUAGCAAAUUUCCUAAGAGGGCUGGAAAAUAUAAUAUUGUCGAAAACCAGAAGUCUUUGUAAUAUAUUUUUAUUGUGUUUGAUUUAUGCACGGAAGUCAUUCGAAAUUCAA